CCCUAGGGAAGUACCAUGGAGCCGAAGGAAUGACUAAUAAACUAGCAUCUAAGGAAGAAGACACGGAGUUAGAUAAAAAGCUCAAAAUUUUAAAUAAGCCUCCUAUAAAAUCUAUCCAGACGAAAACUGGUCACACAUAUGACUGCAUAAACAUCUAUAAACAACCGGCUUUUGAUCAUCCACUGCUCAAAAAUCACAAGAUCCAGAUGAAACCAAAUGUAAUUCAAGGAGAACAAAUUGAUGAACCAAUUUUUAAUACGGUUUCUAGUAUUGUGCGAUCUAAACUUGAAGGGUGCCCCUCAGAGACUGUUCCCAUCCGAAGAACCACAAAGGAAGAAUUGGUAAAUGCAAAAUAUCUCUCUAACCAGAUAAAGCGUCGCCAUGUAAGUGUUGAUUAUCUUUUUGGUCUUUAUCAGUUUAAGACCAUAUCAUGCUUCCAAUGAGUAUUUGAAAUUUAUAUGUAUAUU